AUGCAAAUAGGAAUCCCCUUGGGAACAAUGUUAGGAUUCUGGAUAAGUUCAUUAUCUCUUUAGAUUUCAUUAGAUUGGAGAUAAGCAUUUUAUUUCUAGAUCGUAGGCUUGUCUCUGUGCUUGUUGUAUUAUGUAUUUUCUGAGGAUGAUUAAUUUUCAAUAAAAAUCAGAGAGGAAAGAGAUUAAAAUUAAAGUUUUUCAACAGUGUUACUUUCAAAUUGUAAAACAUUUUUUACAAAUCCACUUUUUGUCUUAUCCAUGUUAACAUUAAGUUAAUUGUUUUUUGUUUUGACAGGAGUCUAAUUCUGGAUGACUGAUUAUCUCAAUAGUGUUAUGUUAAUGGAAUACAAUCUUGCUUCUUAAUCAUUUCUAAUAAUCUCAAUGACUGCUCCUUUAACUGGGGUGUACUUAGGUAGUUAAGUCUUAAAUAAUGAUGUGGGAAAUAAAGGAUUUAGAGUCAUGAAAAUUGCUGCAAUCGAAUUAUCUUUAGCAAGCAUCUCAUUAGCUUUGAUUCCACAUUUUGACAAUUUAGAGAUGAUACUAGUGCUGUUUUGGUGUUUAUUAUUUUUUGGAGGCAGUGCUAUUCCUUCAUUAAUGGGAAUAAUGAUUACAUCGUUACAAAGAGAAGAGAGAACAAGUGGAAAUUAAUUACGCCAGUUAUUUUUUGAUUUGUUUGGUUAUCUUCCAGCACCUGCCGUUUAUGGGUAUGUUUAAAUUACUUCUGGUGGUUUAACAUCCCGAAAGGGAAUGGUUAUGCUUUCCUGUAUCAGUUUCUUAAGUUUAAUCUUUUUGUUGCUAGCAAUUUACAAGAAAUAUCUUUCGAUAAAAAUGAUUUGUAUAGAUUUAAAUGAAUCAGAGUUCAGAAAUAAAUUGCGUUCGCUUUCUCAUCAUUCUGGUGACAACAAUGAUGAAUAUCAAAAGAAAGAUUUCUCAUAUAUAAGAAUGCAAGCCACUAGUCAUAAAUUUAAAUAGAUUAUUCAUUCACAUUAUACUGAGUAGAUUGAGGGAGAUCAAUUAUCAGAAAAUGAAUCACCUUUGAUAAUUGGUAUGGAAUCACAAAGAAUAAGAAAUGCAUAUAAAAGUUAAUGUUCUUAUUUGCAUAUAUUUUAUAAUGUUUCAAGUUUUAUAGGAAGAAGAAGUUUAGAAAAUGAUUUAUUUAUGAUCAAAGAUGAUUAAGCUUAGAUUAGGAUGAAAAGUCAAAAUACUUUUGAGUUGAAGCUUUUAGGAGCUAAUCAUUUUAUAAGUGAGGAGAGAUUUGGACAACAAUAAUAAUAAUAAUAGUGA